AUGGAAGAUACGAUAGAGGAGACAGAUCUCAAGGCCGAUCGCGCGCGUCUUCGUUGGCAGGCGGUCGACGAAGAGAAUGCCACUGAUGCGGCCAGAGCGCAGGCCCAGUCGAGGCCGGCGAAUCUCAAGAGGAAGUCUUCCGCUGCUUCAAUGGGCUCGCAGUUCUCGAUUCGCAGUAUGAAUCGGAGGGCUACGGUUGAUCCGUCGAUCACUCUUCCCAUCCAUUAUCGCACGAUCUCGUUUGAGAUUGAUGAAGGAAAGGAACGUCAGCGCGCAGAGGCUGUCGAAGCCAAAAACAUCAUCGCGGAUGACCUGUCAAACCUCGACUGGCACCUCCUCUCCUCGACCGACCUACAGAAGCGAUGGCAAGUCGACAUCUCUCAAGGUCUCUCUCCGGAACAAGUCGAUCAUCGCCUGAGCCAGCACGGCAAGAAUACGCUGUCGCACCUCCCACACCCUUGGUUCUCCCAGAUCUUCGGGUACUUCUUCAAAGGCUUUGGUGCUAUCCUGCUGACGGGAUGUAUCUUGGUCUUUGUCUCGUGGAAGCCGUUAGGGCACCCACCUGCGAUCGCCAACCUAGCCCUAGCGAUCGUCCUUUUGGCGGUCUUUUUCAUCCAGGCGGCCUUCAAUGCGUGGCAGGACUGGUCGUCCUCUCGCGUGAUGGCUUCGAUCACGGCCAUGCUUCCCGAAAGUUGUCUUGUCUUGAGAGAUGGGUCCCAGACGAUGGUCCCGGCUCCGGAGAUUGUUCCCGGUGAUGUCGUCUACAUCAAGGCGGGUAACAAGCUUCCGGCAGAUAUUCGCUUUCUGGAGGUCUCAAAUGAUGCCUCUUUGGAUCGCUCCAUCCUGACUGGUGAAUCACUUCCGAUCAACGCGACCGUCGAUUCGACGGAUAACAACUACCUUGAAACGCAUUGCAUUGGCCUCCAAGGCACUCACUGCGUUUCGGGAACUAUUCUCGGCCUGGUCGUCUCGACAGGAGAUUCAACGGUCUUCGGCAAAAUUGCCAAACUGACAAAUGAACCAAAGAAGGGUCUCAGCACGCUGGAAAAGGAAAUCCUGCGCUUCGUUGUCUUCAUUGUCCUGAUUAUGUUGUUCAUGGUGAUUAUCGUGAUCAUCGUCUGGGCUACAUGGCUAAGAGUCAAACAUCCCGAUUGGAUCAACGUGCCGACUUUGAUUGUGGACUGCGUCAGCAUCGCUAUUGCCUUCAUCCCAGAGGGUCUUCCGAUCGCCCUGACAGCCAGCUUAACAAUCACGGCAGCCCUGAUGAGCAAGAACAAGAUCCUGUGCAAGUCGCUCAAAACGGUGGAAACUCUCGGUGCUGUCUCUGUCAUCUGUUCGGAUAAGACGGGCACACUGACAAGGAACAAAAUGUUCGUGACGGACAGCGCGGUCUCGACGAAUCGCUUCGACCCGGGAACGGUCAGGGAUGUUCUGGGCGUGCAACACCUCCGAUCUAUCGCCGCUCUCUGCAAUGCGGCCGAGUUUGACGCCUCAUCCGCAAAUCUGCCCGUCUCGGCAAGACAUGUAUACGGCGAUGCGACCGACCAAGCUGUCCUGCGGUUUUCGGAAACUCUUGGCCCCACGGAGGAGCUCCGUCAGAAGUGGAAAAAGACCUUUGAGUUACCCUUCAAUAGCAAGAACAAAUUCAUGAUACGGACGUUCACUGCCGUCGACCCUGGGGCAGUGUCGCUGGCUUUGUCUCCAGAUGAGACGUCGCGGUUUCAGAGAGAGGACUCGAUCCUCACCAUCAAAGGCGCACCGGAUAUUCUGAUAGAGCGCUGUACCAAAACUGCCAGUGCGGAUGGGAGCGUGAAACCCCUGGACGAAUCGACCUUGGCUGCUGUCAAAGAUCUCAAAGACCGCUGGUCUAGCGAAGGCAAGCGUGUCAUCCUAUUAGCUCGGAAGGUUCUCCCUGCAGCAGAGAUCGGAAUUUCUCCGUCCUCACGAGAUUUCGAGUCUGAGGCUUUUCGCCAGGCCAGCACGGAUUUGACCCUAGUCGGCCUGCUUGGUAUUGUUGACCCUCCCAGAGAGGAGAUUCCCGACGUCGUCAAGACAUUGAGGGGAGCAGGUAUUCGGAUAUUUAUGGUCACUGGCGACUUUGGCCUGACGGCUCUGUCAAUCGCGCGGCAGUGCGGAAUUGUAACUGCGACAGAGGUCGACAAUGACAAAGCCCUCCAACGGUUCCCGGGUUCCAAUGUAACCGAGAAAGGCCUAGCCACAUCCUCAGCCAUCGUCCUCACCGGCACCGAGCUGAUGAGUCUCAACGACCACCAAUGGGACCAACUCUGCCAGUACAAGGAGAUUGUUUUUUCGCGCACCACCCCCGAGCAGAAACUGCGCAUCGUGCGUGAGUUCCGCGCCAGAGACGAAAUCGUCGGUAUGACCGGUGACGGUGUCAAUGAUGCUCCAUCUCUCAAGGCAGCCGACAUCGGUAUCGCAUUGGGAAGCGGCUCCGACAUUGCGAUCGAGGCGUCUGAUAUGGUCCUAAUGGACUCGUUCUCCGCCAUCGUGGAGGCCGUGCAAUACGGCCGGGUGGUCUUUGACAACCUCAAGAAGACAAUCAUCUACCUGCUCCCUGCUGGCUCUUUCUCGGAGUUCUGGCCCGUCAUGACUAGCGUCGUGUUCGGAUUGCCGCAGGUGUUGUCUUCGUUCCUGAUGAUCAUUAUCUGCUGCUUCACCGACUGCGCAGCCGCCACCGUCCUCGCGUACGAAAAACCCGAAGCCGACGUCCUGCUGCGUCCUCCCCGCAAGCCCAAGAAGGACCGCCUCGUCAACUGGAAACUGAUCCUGCACGCAUACUGCGUCCUCGGGCUGCUGGAAACACUGACCUCCUUUUCCAUGGCCUACUGGUACCUUCAGCGCAACGGCAUCCCGUUCUCCGCGCUGUGGUUCAAGUUCGGCGAGGUCCCAGUCGAUAUUGAUCCGGAUUGGUAUACUGCGCAUCUGAACGAGGCCAGCUCGGUAUACUUUAUCAAUCUGGUUGUGAUGCAAUGGUUCAACCUCAUGGCCGUGCGCACCCGCCGUCUCUCCAUCUUCGAGCACCCGCCCGCGUUCAACAAACAGACGCAGAACCUGCUGCUCUUUCCGGCGAUUGUCUUCGCGCUAGCCAUGGCGGUUCUGUGGUUGUAUAUUCCGCCGCUGCAGGAUGUGCUGAAUACCACUACUGUACCGGCGGAGCAUUACUUCCUUCCUGCGGCGUUUGGGCUAGGGAUUUUGUCUCUGGACGAACUGAGGAAGGCGGGGGUGAGGAGAUGGCCUGGGGGUUUUUUGGCCAGGUGCGCUUGGUAGGAUCGGUGUUUUGGAUUUGUGGGG